CUGCUCAAUAGGACUAGGAGGAAAAUUGUGGUUCCCGCUAUGGACGCGCCGCGCGGCACUCGCUCCUCGCACGAUGUGGCGCGCAGCCGUCGCGUGCGCACUGCUGGCCGUGCUUGCGGCGCCAUCUGCUGCUGACUCCAACCAGACCGCCUGCGAGACCCUGCACAGCUAUGCGCUCUUGAACUCAAAUCUUCGGGCGAUAGGCGAUCGCAGCGUGUCGGUGGACGGGCUGGAGGUGAGCGUGUCGCUGUACUGGGGCAGCGGGCCGGCGCGCGCCGCCGCCGCGCUGCUGCGCGCGCAGCUGACGCACGUGCACCGCUACCGGCGCGUGCGGCUGCGGCGCGGCCCGCUCUCCACCGCCGCGCUGGCCGCCCUCGUGCCGUUCCACUCCGACGCCAACUACACCGAUUUGGUGAUAGGCUUAUCGACCGCGUGGAGUCCAGAGAGUGCGCCACCCUGGGUGCCGUCAGCGGGCCGCAAGAGCAGCUUGGCGGGGCCGCGGCUGAGCGAGUUCGGCGCGAGCCCCGUGCCCGCGCAUUGCCGCCUGUUCGCCGUGCUGGCGGCCGCGCACCGGCAGCCGCGCUGCGCCGGCCUCUCGCGCCACCUCACCCGCGCCGACCUCGCCGCGCUUGCCCACUGUGGCUUUAAACAUCAAAUCAACGGCUCCGCGUUUGACCUGUUCGUCGUGGACGAGUGCAACAGCACGCGGCUGCGCGCCUGCGCCCUCGACUAUGGAACCACGUUCUCGCCCAAGGCCAUGAACAGAACCGACCUCUAUCACAAGUUGAACGCCAUCACAAACAACACUGAAUCGUUUUUCUUUUUAGAUUUUGACAUUUGGGAGGGAGAAGAGACAGUGCGUGCGUUAAACGUACCUUGUCGGGAACAGGAAGUUGAUAUGCGCAUCGGUGAUAUAGCCAUGUUACAGACAUACGCGCCGCAGUUGUUUCGAUUUAUUUACAAUUUUAAACCUUCCGCAACAUCUUUGAGGCAAAUUCUUGAACGUGAAGCAAACGGCGAUAAUAUUGAUGAAGCGGCAUGCACUUGGGUGAUUGAAAACGAAAAAUAUAAGAUUGACAAAAGUACCCUGAUGGAUUAUGAUGCGUCUGGAUACGUAGUCGUCAUAUUUGUAUGUAAUGACGAUUCCUUCAAAGAUCGUUACAGAUAUGAGUUGUUUCCAUUCUUGGGUAAACAUAUUACAAAUGAGAUGAAACAAGUGACGUCAUAUGUAACUUUCAGAAAAUAUACAAUUAAUUGUACUAGUGAAGACGAUAUGAGUGCACAUUUUGAAAUGCUGACGACGACUGUGGAACUAUACCGACUACUAGGGGUGGUGUCGAUGUCGGUGGAGGGCGCGCAGAAGGCGUCGGCCCUGGCGGCGCCGCGCCACGUGCCGCUCAUGCUGGCGGACGUGGCGCCGGAGUUCGGCGGCAACACCACGUGGCGCGUGGCCGCCCGCGUGCUGCACGUGGCGAGCGCGCUCACGCACUUCGUGCGCAGCUCAGGCUGGGCGCGCCUCGCCGUCUUGACGCAGCCCACCAAGCUGGCUGCGGACUACUGGGACGCGCUCCGACACAACACCACCAUCACCUUCGGCCACUUCCAGUUACCGCUCCGCAUCACGAGGCAUAAGGCGAAGGAAACCAUAGACAGUCUGCGAGCAGCGAACGCGCGUAUCGUGUUUAUUAAUGCAGAUUCUAAAUCUGCCGCAGUGAUCCUUGCUGUAGCCGACGAGAAUGGUAUGACCUACCACAACGGUUUCGUGUGGAUUGUGCGCGAUUGGCGUCCGACGACCGACACGAAUACAUCAUGUCAUGAAGCCCGCCGGAUAACUCACUUUGUGCUGUCUCUUUGGAUGCGAGACUCGCGGGACAUCCCGUUUCGUGAAGGAAAUAAUGUACUUCAAGAACACCUGAGUGCGAAAUUUAAGGACAGGCCCUGGCCACCUCACGCUGUGUCCAUUGCAAACGCAUUUCUAACUCUAACGAUUGGUUUUAAAAAUGUUUUCAAACAAAACCCGAGCACGCGAUAUGACCUGCAUAACAAACAAGUAACCAGAUUACUCCAUAACAAAAUCACAGAAAACCCAGCGCCCGGUGUCAACCAAGACCUCCACUUCAAGAAUCGAUCCAUCGAAGAGACGGCCGUGUUCGCAGACCAGUGGUGCGGAGCGCAGUUCCAGCAGCGGCUGGGCAGGUGGCGCGUGAACGCGAGCAGCGGCGCAGUGCGCGGCAACUACACGCCGCCCGGCGACCUGCCGCGGCACGACGGCGCGUCGCGCUGCAUGGUGAGCAGCGGCGACGCCUUCGACCCGGCCUGCUACGAUGCUGCGUGCGCCAGUGCGCUGCUGCUCUCGCUGCUGGCGUGCGGCGCGCUGCUGCUAACGCGCCGCGUGCUGCUGCGCCGCCUGGAGCGCGAGCGCCACGAGCAGCAGAUCCAAGCCGUCGCACGCCGCCAGCACGUGGCCGCGGUGUUGGCCGCUUACCUGGUGGAGCGCGACGCGCUGGAACUGCGCGAGGAGCUGGGUGCCGGUCGCUUCGGCAGCGUGCGGCUGGCUCGACUGCGCACGUCCACGCACGGCACGCGCUAUAUCGCCGCCAAGGCUCUGCGCGCUAACGCCGCGCCGGCCGAAGAGAGCGAGUUUCUCCGCGAAGCGUGCACCAUCGCCUCGCUCGACCACCCGCACAUCGUGCGGCUGGUGGGCGUGUGCAUCGCGGAUGGGCCACCGCUUGUGCUCAUGGAGCUGGCGUUCUUCGGCGACUUACUGGGGUACCUGCGCGCACGACGCCACCUGGUGGAGGGCGCAGGCACGGAGGCGCCGCCGGCGAGCGGCGAGGCGGAGCACGUGUCGGCGGGCGCGCUGACGCGGCUGGCGCGCGAGGCGGCCGAGGCGCUGCGCUACCUGGGCGCGCGCGGCGUGGUGCACCGCGACGUCCGCGCCGCCAACUGCCUGGUGGACGUGCGGCGCUCGCUGAAGCUGGCCGACUUCGGCAUGGCGCGCGACACGGUGGCGGGCGCGGACGGAGCGCCCGAGUACGCGUGCCGGCGCCGCGGGCUCUUCCCCGUGCUGUGGAUGGCGCCCGAGAGCCUGGCGCACGGCGUGUUCUCGGCCGCGUCCGACGUGUGGGCGUUCGGAGUGCUGCUGCUCGAGCUGGUGACGCUGGGCGCGCGGCCGUACGGCAGCAUGUCGCCGCUGUGCGUGCUGGAGUACGUGGCGGGAGGCGGGUCGCCGCCGCUGCCGCUGGACGCGUCGCCACAGAUGCGCGGGCUGGCGCGGCUGUGCUGGCAGCGCGCGGCCGAGCGCCGGCCGGCGGCGGCGGAGCUGGCGGCGUACCUGGCGGCGUGGCCGCGCGCGCUGCGCCCGGCGCUGCUGAGCGAGCGCGACGAGCCGGCCGACGCUGACAGCGGCAUCGGGGACUCGCCCUCUACGGAGCUGCUGCCUCCUGACUCGCCUCUUCUCUCCCUUGAUCAGCUCGAUGUGCUAGGUGUAACACACUGACCUAAUAAUAUGUUACCCAACGUUUUUUCAUUAGAUAAUAUUGCAUAUCGAUGUACCUACAUAAAUAAUUUUAUCAAUAAUAUUAAGGAAUAAAUAAGCGCAACGAUCAUAAACCUA